AUGGCAACCCAACCCCUACUCCGAUCCUAUAUCCCGCCCCCUGCCCAACCCCCUCCUAACCCAACCCCUACAUCCAUGCCCAUCCUCUCCCUACCUGUCUCCCCUACCUGUCUCUCCCUACCUGUUCCCACCCCACCCCUACAAAUCCCCACCCACCCAAACCCAGUAUUCCAACCCCUCUCCCCACCCCACCCCACCCCAACCCGCCCUGCCCCACCCAUCCUAGCUCCCCUACUCAUCCUACUCACACAAACCCUAACUCCAACCCUAUCCCCCACCCCAUCCCUACUCCAACCCGGCCCAUAA